AUGGGUAAUAAAAUAAUAACUUUUUUUAGAGAUUGUUGUAAUAAAUUAUUUAACAGAAAAAUUAUUUUUCAAAUAAGAAUCUGUGGUCCAGCUCAAAGUGGAAAAACAACUUUCGUAAAAUAUUUAUUAUAUAAUAAAUUUUUAAAAGUAAAACCAACAGAAGGUCUUUUUGUUGAAAAAAUUGAUUUUGAAGAAUUUUCAGUAAUCAUAUGGGAUUCCAGAUAUAAUAUAGAAGAUGACGUGUCUAUUAAUAGGAUAGACAUUGAUGCUGUUAUUUAUUUCAUUGAUGUAUCUGACAGGGGAAGACUAAAAAUAGCUAAAAAGGGAUUUUAUAAAAUUUUACAAGAUUUUAGUCAUAUAGAUGAUUUUUUAAUUUUAGCAAGUAAACAAGAUAAAAAAAAUUGCAUGCUAUUAGAACAUAUUAGAAAAGAACUGAAAAUAGAUCAAAUUGUUGAUAAAAAUUGCCAUUUAGCGGAAUGUUCAUCUAAAACAGGAUACGGAAUAGAUUCUUCAAUGAAUUGGCUUUUUAACCAACUAAUGAUUAAAAGAAAAAAAAAAUUAUGCUUUUAA